GUCACAGGCAGAGGGAGGAGGGGAGAUGGAUUGGAAAGGAGAGCAAUUGCUCUUAGGCAGGAGGAGAACAACAACAACAACAACAACAACAACAACAACCAAUCUUGCCAGUGUAUUGUUAUCCAGUCCGGGUUUUGCAGGCGCCCCUCCUCAGCUGGAGUUCCUUGCGAGUCCGUUCCAUGCCUUUUUCCUCCUCUCUAUUUUUUCUUCCCAUUUUUUUCUUCCGAAGUCCCCCUUUCUCCCUCGCUUUCAACCCGCGGAGAGCUCGCGUGGGGCGGGGGUGGGGGGUCAGAUGGUGCCCGGAUUCCAGUCCGGGUUUUGCGCGCCGCCUGCACCCCCGGUAGAAAUAGGAAAAUUCAAUAAUCAAAGCAAAAGGGAAGCGAGCGAGAGGAGGGGGAAAAAAAUCCCGGAUCAGGGCAACUUUGAUGGCGCAUGCGCGCUGUAAGCCUCCAUCCCAAACACACACAUUUCCCUGUACUUGGAAAGUCACCCAAAGCAGCCCCAAGUGCAGGGCAAAGAGACACCAACAAGUAUAGGGAACCUAUCAGACUCUAUCUGUUUCCUGAAGCACCCUGGGAGGGGUUACUGAUCCCGACACCCCUCCUCAACGUGUUGAUUUGGAAUGGAUUUCAAGCCCAGGGAACACAGGAUACAAGGAUGAAGUGACUUCACAGCUUUAAAAUAAACCCAAUAGCGGAAUCUGAUUCCUGGUCAUCGAAAGCUGAAAGAACUAUAUGCACUGACAGAACCUCAGGUAACCCCAAGAUGGCUGCCAAGCGCAAAGGUGGCUUGAAGCUGAACGCGAUCUGUGCUAAGCUCAGCCGCCAGGUCGUUGUUGACCACAAGGGACCCGAGCGGGCGCAUGCCGACAAGCCUCCCCUGGGUUGGGAGAGCGCUGGUGGGGGCACCCUCACCACCGCAAAGGAUAUCGCCCGGCCUGGGGCCAAGGAACUGGGCCCAGAGUUCCCCGAGGGGGUCGACCGCGUGCAGAAGAUUGAGGAGGACAAGCGAAGGGAAGUGAUUGAAAAGUGGGUCAACGGGGAGUACAGCGAAGACUCCUUGCUGGGGCGCAUCGAGAGCAAGGAACCGAGGGGCUCCGAGGGCGCUGAGGUGCCCCCCGAAGGCGUGUAUAUGGUACAGCCCAAGGGGUGCAGUGAUGAAGAGGACAACGUGGAUGAGGCCGAGCCACUGAGGGGACCCCAAGAUGGGAGCAGCUUCCUGGAUGAACGGGAUUCAGAUGGGCCUCCCUCGAAGGACGAAAGCUUCCGGGGUCCCAGCAGUGAGGUGGUCUCCAAGCUAGGUGGAGGAGCUGCCUCAGGGGAGGCCUCGUCUCUGAGGGACUACGCCGCCACCACCAUGAACGAGUUCCUGGGCAUGUUUGGCUACGAUGACCAGAACAUGCGGGACGAGUUGGCUCGCAAGAUCAGCUUUGAGAAGCUAAACGCCGCUACCUCAGAGGCCACUGCCGCUGCUGUCGUGGCCACCUCCCUAUCUGGCGAGGACGCCAUGAGCAAGCGAGCCCGCCUCUCCAAGUACGAAGAGUAUAUCCGCAAGCUGAAGGCCGGCGAGCAAGUCCCAUGGCCGAUUCACCCAGCUAAGACCGAGGAGAUGGCCAGCAAGCUUGGCAAGGAAGCCCCGACCACCCUGGGGCAAGUGAUCCGGCUGCCCGCUCCCGACACCUCCCUCCUGCCGGAGACGAAAGCCACCAUUUUGCCUCUGCCUUCCCCCAGCAGUUCCCAGAUCCAAGGGCUGAUGUCUCGGGCCUCCAAGUACGACUUCUUCAUCCAGAAGCUGAAGACGGGCGAGAGCCUCCGGCCGCAGAACGGCAACACCUACAAGAAGGCCUCUAAGUACGACCUGGAGAACGUCAAGUACCUGCACCUCUUCAAGCCGGGGGAAGGGAGCCCGGACAUGGGAGGCGCCAUCGCCUUCAAGACCGGCAAAGUGGGGCGCCCCUCCAAGUACGACGUCAGGAACAUCCAGAAGCUGACCCCGGUCAAAGCGCCGGCACCCAGCUUGGGCCCCGCCCCUCUCGCCAGCACCCCCAGCACCGCUCCGGUGGCCGGACCCGAGCAGCCGGUGUCUUUGCCCUUCAACACUCCAGAGUACCUGAAAUCCACGUUUUCCAAGACGGACUCCAUCACAACUGGAACGGUUUCCACUGUUAAGAACGGAUUAACCACUGACAAACCAGCUGUCACCGAAGAUGUAAAUAUUUACCAGAAAUAUAUUGCCAGGUUUUCCGGAAGCCAGCACUGCGGACACAUUCACUGUGCAUACCAAUACCGAGAACAUUAUCACUGCCUUGACCCGGAGUGUAACUAUCAGAGAUUCACAAGCAAGCAAGAUGUGAUCCGGCAUUACAACAUGCACAAGAAGCGGGACAAUUCCCUCCAGCACGGCUUCAUGCGCUUCAGCCCGCUCGACGACUGCAGUGUUUACUAUCACGGCUGCCACCUGAAUGGGAAAAGCACACACUACCACUGCAUGCAGGUGGGCUGUAACAAAGUCUAUACCAGCACUUCCGACGUAAUGACCCAUGAGAACUUCCACAAGAAGAACACCCAGCUCAUCAAUGAUGGAUUCCAGCGGUUUCGGGCCACGGAGGACUGUGGCACGGUGGACUGCCAGUUCUACGGGCAGAAGACCACUCACUUCCAUUGCAGGCGUCCUGGUUGCACUUUCACCUUCAAGAACAAGUGCGACAUUGAGAAGCACAAGAGCUACCACAUCAAGGACGACGCCUAUGCCAAGGACGGCUUCAAGAAGUUCUACAAGUACGAGGAGUGCAAGUACGAAGGCUGCGUCUACAGCAAGGCCACCAACCACUUCCACUGCAUCCGGCCCGGCUGCGGCUUCACCUUCACCUCCACCAGCCAGAUGACCUCCCACAAGCGCAAGCACGAGCGCCGCCACAUCCGCAGCUCGGGCGUGCUGGGCCUGCCCGCCUCCCUCCUGGGGGCCAAGGACAACGAGCAGGAGGAGUCCAGCAACGACGACCUCAUUGACUUCUCCGCCAUGAGCUCUAAGAACUCCAGCCUGAGUGCCUCCCCCACCAGUCAGCAGUCUUCCGUCUCCCUGAUCGUCCCGGGAGCACCCUCCUCGGCGGCAGAGCUCUCGGCCUCGCAGGCCUCCAGCAAACCCAACAACAUGCCGACGGCUUCCAAGAUCCCCGGCCUACUCUCCCAAGCCCUCCCGAGCAAUAUCCCUUUGGCCCUGGCACUCUCCAACGCAGCACUUCCUGGAACGGCGGGCUCUUACUUCCCUAUCCUCCCCAGCCGGGUCGCCACCCCGCUGCCCGCCGGCUCCGCCAGCUUGAUAGCCGCCAGUGCUUCCAGCACCAACCCAGCGCCGUCUGCCAGCUCCCCUUCCCAGGCCAUCUCAGGUUCCAGCGAGGCAGCGGCCACCUCUUCCCCAACUCCGGCAGCAUCCAUCAUGGAGAGGAUCUCCGCCAGCAAAGGCCUGAUUUCGCCAAUGAUGGCCAGGCUGGCUGCUGCAGCACUUAAGCCCUCGGUGGCUGUGGAGGCAGGGAAUGGACAACCAACCACUCCUGGACGGUUUAACCCAGCUCAGAUUAAGCAAGAGGCUACAGAGAAUCCAGGCUCCGUGUCCACCGUGACCCAGGAUUCCUUGCAGGAGCACAGCUUGGACCUGAGUGUGAAGGAUCAUGGUAAUGAAUCAAAUGGCCACACAGUCUCGGCAAAUUCAUCUCUUUUAUCCUCGCUUAUGAAUAAGAUGUCUCAGACCAACCCCAACCUCGGCAACCUUCUUGGCUUGAAGGUGGAGGCUGAUGGCAGCCCUCUGGGAGCUUCAGGUGAUGCCACGCAAUACCUGGGCAAGACAGUGAAGGCUCUUGUCCAGGAGAAACUCUCUGAGCCCUGGAAGAUGUACCUGCGCAGAUUUGGUACCAAGGACUUCUGCGAUGCUCAGUGUGACUUUCUUCAUAAAGUGCAUUUCCACUGUGUGGUGGAAGAAUGUGGAGCCCUCUUCAGCACCUUGGAUGGAGCCAUCAAGCACGCCAAUUUCCACUUCCGAACAGAUGGCGGAGCUGUGAAAGGAAGCUCUGAAUUCUCUUUCCCAACCGUUGCUGAGACCAAGACUUCCUUAGCCCCUUCGUCACCCUCAGCUUCUUCUUCCGCUGCGCUGGCCAACACCUCUGCCCCGGAUGUGCCCACCCCGAGCUCGGUGACUGUGCCCUCCACUCCCACCCUCCUGGCCUGGAAACAACUGGCUUCCACCAUCUCUCAGAUCCCCACAUCAGUGCCUAACCUGGCCACGUCCCCCUUGACGACGACUUCCCUCGAGAACGCCAAGCCUCAGGUCAAACCUGGCUUCCUCCAGUUCCAGGAGAAUGAUCCAUGCCUGGCAACAGAUUGCAAGUAUGCCAACAAAUUCCACUUCCACUGUCUGUUUGGGAACUGCAAGUACGUGUGCAAAACCUCCGGAAAGGCCGAGUCCCACUGCCUCGACCACAUCAACCCCAACAACAACCUCGUGAAUGUGCGAGACCAGUUUGCUUAUUACUCCCUGCAAUGUCUCUGUCCUAACCAGCACUGUGAGUUCCGAAUGCGAGGGCAUUACCACUGUCUUCGCCCUGGCUGCUUUUUUGUGACCAACAUCACCACCAAACUCCCCUGGCACGUGAAGAAGCACGAGAAGGCAGAGCGCAGAGCAGCCAACGGCUUCAAGUACUUCACCAAGAGGGAAGAGUGCGGCAGGCUAGGUUGCAAGUACAACCAAGUGAACAGCCAUUUCCAUUGCAUCCGUGAAGGCUGCCAGUUCUCCUUCCUCCUGAAGCAUCAGAUGACAUCCCAUGCCAGGAAGCACAUGAGGAGGAUGCUGGGGAAGAACUUCGACCGUGUUCCCACUCAGGUUAUUGGACACACUCCAAGGAACGAAAACCUCCCCCAAGUCAGCAGCAUGGCUCCCAGCCCAGCCUCAUCAGGGACUCCUGCUUCCUUCCAGGGACCCCAAAGCAUGAUGGAUACCGAGACAGAUGAGUACAUUGACUACACAGGAUGCAGUCCUGGUGGCAUCUCCUCUGAGUCCUCCAAUAUGGACCGCAGCUGCUCCAGCACGCCAGUGGGCAACGAAAGCACUUCAGCCGGCUGCCUGGCUGCUGCUGCUGCUCCUCCUCCUGCUGCUGGUGAUGACGUUACCCAAAAUGCACCACAACCACCAUCUCUGCCUCCAUCUUUCUCACAAGCCCUGCUCAGGUCUCCCCUUCCUUCCCUCCCGUAUCUCUUCUCUCCAUCUUGUGUCUCAUACUCUCUGCUAAGUGCCACUCUGGGAUCCAGCAGGGGCCUUGUCUUGCCCACCGCCAGCUCAACAGGGUUUUCACCCAUCAUUGCCGCCCCAACUCCAGUCAAAAGCGAUGUCCCUCUAGUGCAGGAUGCGGCAGGGAACACCAUCACCAUGCCAACUGCCGCAGGGGCCAAGAAGCGCUUCUGGAUCAUUGAGGACAUGUCCCCAUUUGGCAAGCGGCGCAAAACGGCCUCCUCCCGCAAGAUGCUGGACGAAGGAAUGAUGCUGGAGGGCUUCCGGCGCUACGACCUCUACGAAGACUGCAAGGAUGCCAGCUGCCAGUUCUCAUUGAAGGUCACCCACUACCACUGCACAAGGGAAAACUGCGGCUACAAGUUUUGCGGCCGCACCCACAUGUACAAGCAUGCCCAGCACCACGACCGCGUCGACAACCUGGUGCUGGACGACUUCAAGCGCUUCAAGUCCUCCCUGAGCUGCAACUUCCCCGACUGCCAGUUCUCGGGAAACAGCACGCACUUCCACUGCCUGCGCUGCGGCUUCCGCUGCACCGACAGCACCAAGGUGACGGCCCACCGCAAGCACCACGGCAAGCAGGACGUCAUCAGCGCCGCAGGCUUCUGUCAGUUCAGCUCCAGCGUGGACUGCGAGGUGCCCGACUGCAAGUACAAACUCAAGUGCUCCCACUUCCACUGCACCUACCCCGGCUGCAAGCACACGGUGGUGGGCAUGUCGCAGAUGGACUCGCACAAGCGCAAGCAUGAGAAACAGGAGCGUGGAGAGCUGCCGGCCAUCUCUCCGGGCCCCGAGGCCCUCCCGCCCUCCACUCUGGAGUACGAUGCGCAGAACUCUUCCGUCAACCUUGACAGCUCGCUCAACCUCGGCACUGACACAAACAGCUCCCUCUUCUUCCUGCAGAAUGCAGCGGGCGUGGGCCUCAACGACUCCUUGGACCUCAGCCAGAAAUUGCCAGAGGCUGCGGGCGCUGCCCUUCCCCCGCCGGGGAGGGUGGGGUCCCCGUGGAGAGCGAGCGGCUUCCAGCCAGCUGUGGCAACGUGGAGGACGACUCCUCCCACGACGAGGAGGAGGAGGAGGAGGAAAUGAAUGAGGAAGACGAGGAGGAGGAAGAUGACGACGAUGAUGACGAUGACGAUGAGGAAGAUCUGAACACAGACUCUGAAGAGUCACUUCCUGACCCCCAGGCCAUGCCUGCAAAG